CACUAGAGGGAAGAUAGCCUUUUUCGUGAUGGUCGAAGAUGCAAUGAGGCGUUUAUAAGUUUCACCAUUAUAUUAUUUAAAGUUAUUUAUCAGAAUGACCAUGAUUUCAAAAGCUGCAGUGGGUAUUGCCGUUGGCAUUGCCGGUAUUUUUGUUGGCUAUUGUUUUUAUUUUGAUAAAAAACGCCGUAGUGAUCCAGAUUUUAAAAAGAAACUACGUGAACGAAGACGUGCUAAAAAACAAGCACAGAAAGCAAGUUCUAAGAUACCAGAUCUUAAAGAUCAUGAGACAGUACAGAAAUUCUUCUUGCAAGAGGUACAACUUGGAGAAGAAAUGCUUAUGUAUGGUAAUGUAGAAAGUGGAAUAGAACAUUUAGCCAAUGCAGUUGCAGUUUGUGGCCAACCUAGUCACUUAUUGCAAGUUCUUGAAAAAACACUGCCACCUCAAAUUUUUAAUCUUUUGUUGCAAAGAAUACCAUCUGUUGGCCAUAAGCUAGUUACUCAAACUGCAAUGUCAGAAGAAGAUGUUGAAUAGAAUAUUAUAGAUAAACAUUGGAUUUUUAAAUAAAAUUUGGCAUUAGUAAAAUGUAUACACUCAUUUUGCAUACUGUAGUCGCUACCAUAACUUGACUUUUUGGUAAUUACAAUAAUCUUAUAUAAUUUAUAAGGUAGUAAAAAACAUUCAUUUUAUAUUAUGAUAAGUUGCAAUUAUAAAUACAAGUUUAUAUUUACAUGUAUAAAUACUUUUAUUUCAUACAUUUUUAAUUGACUAAUAGUUCUAGUCAUUAAAUAUUUCAUUUUCCUUUAUAAAUUAUGUAGACUAAGAAUAAACUUAUUUGUGUUUCGUAAAAUUAAAAGUACUAGGGGACUAUAUGACCUAUAAUUUGAUUAAAUAUAUUUAACUGAAGAUUUUCAGUAAUUGUGAAUAAAUUGCAUUAAGUUAGAUAAUUCUAAUUAUCUGGCUUAUCUAUGUGCAAUAAGAAAAUACACUAUAAAGGAUUUAAUAAUCAAUUGUAUUAUUUUUAUUAUUGAUGUUUCUUUCAACAUUUGCUUGCAUCUAUAUAAAGAUAUUCUGUACUUUAUGAACACUUUAUGAUCUCUGUAUUAAAAGAAUCUUUAUAACAAACAGAAUGUUAAAACAGUUAUAUAUAAUAUUAUUUUCUAUAAUAGGCACUAGCACAUAAAACGAUUACAGUUAUUUUUUGUAUAAAAAAAAAAAAUAUUCUAUAUUCUUAUAAAAGUACAUUGCGCGCACUAUGUAAGCAAUAAAGAUGUUAUACAGUUUCUAUCAGAUAAGAUUACAAAAUGGUUGUAUCUAUAAAGCAUGAGCACAAAUUAAAUGUUAUUAAUAAAAAA